AUGAAUCGUAAUGAAAUUUCUAGUUUAUUAGAUUUAUCUUCAGAAAGUUCGUUUGACGAUACUGACGAAGAUCCCAACUGGAAUGAUGAAGAUGUGUACAGUAGUUCCGAGGAUGAGUCUUCUGCUUCUCCUGUGAUGCGUGGAGAUGGUAAUGAUUGGAAUAAUGUUAUAGACGAACAACCAAAUUCUAAUGUAAUUUAUAAUCCAAAUAAUGAAUGUGUUGGGAUAAAUGAGGAUAUUGUUGAAACAAUGAUUGACUGUAGCCCUUAUGAUUUUUUUGCAUUAUUUUUUGAUGACGAAGUUUUAAAACUUAUAGUACUCGAGACUAAUCGGUAUGCAAAUGAUAAAAGAAAUUCAUGCAAUCUAUCUCGUAAUGCUCGAAUAAAAAAGUGGAAAGAAACCGAUGUAAAAGAAAUUAAAACUUUUUUCGGUUUAGUUAUAUGGAUGGGAUUGGAUAAAAUGCCUACCAUAGGCCAUUAUUGGAGAAAUACAACGUUAUUUUCGAGCCACAUUCCUCAAUAUAUGUCGAAAAACCGUUUUGAAUUACUACUAAGUGUAUUACAUUUUUCUGAUAAUAAUACAGCUACAUCUUAUAACCGUUUGUAUAAAAUUCAACCACUUAUUGAUUUGCUUGUCUAUAAAUUUAAUGCAGCACUUAUACCUAAUGAUUCAAUGUGUAUUGAUGAGUCAAUGGUUCCGUUUUCGGGACGACUGUUAUUUAGACAAUACAAUGCAUCUAAAAGACAUCGCUAUGGUAUAAAAAUUUUUAAAUUGUGCACUACUGAUUUUUAUACUUCAAAAUAUAAAAUUUAUAGUGGAAAAGAAGCUUCCGACAAUACUUCAGUUGCUACUAAAGUGGUGUUUGAACUAUUAUCGGACUACUUAGAUUUUGGACGAACUUUAUAUGCCGAUAAUUGGUACAACAGUAUAGACCUUGCUGAAAAAUUAUUGGAUAGAAAUACUCAUUUGGUGGGAACUUUACGAAAAAACAGAAAACGGAUUCCAAAAGAAAUAGUGACAACAAAAUUGAAAAGAGGUGAAAUGAUAGCUAAACAGAAUGGCCUUGGUGUAACAGUUCUAAAAUGGAAAGAUAGAAGAGAUGUUCUCAUGAUUUCAACUAAACAUGGAUUGAUUGAUGUAAGUGAUCAGAUAGGUGCUUACCACACCUGUUUGCGUAAAGGAGUAAAAUGGUAUCGUAAAGUAGCCUUUGACAUAAUAUGUAAUACAGCAGUAGUAAAUGCAUUUAGUCUUUACAAAGCAGUCACCAAUAACAACAAAUCUAUUACACAAUUUAGAGAAGACAUUGCUCUCGACAUGGUUAAAAAAAAAGAGGUCAACUCGCAACAAACAUCUACAAUUAUACCACACCAUACUUUAGUCAAAGAUAAAAAAAGGGCAAGAUGCGAUGGAUGUUACAGGCAAUGUUGCCGUGAAGAAGGCACGAUCAAUGCAAGAAAAAAAGCAAAACGUGUACACACAAAAUGUGAAGCUAUCCUUGAAGCGAGCAAAGGUGACGCUAAAGUAGCUGCCGCUUGCGGUGAUAUCUCUGUUACCUCCAUGUGGAAGCUCACCAAUGGUCAACAAGUUGCCAAGGUCAGAGUACCUAGAUCGGCGAAACCCACAGAG